GCAUUCGGUGUGCGAAAUCAGAGCAAAGAGUACGAACUAACAUAGGAAAAGCGACGGAAAUUUGCAGCGCCAUGGCUCAUCCUAAAUUGAAGCCCAAGAAAACUGGUCGUUCCGUGUCACCACUCUAUGCUGCAUUCAGGCGCACUUGGCUGGCAUUUUGUUCUUCGACCAGCAUACAUGGCUUGAAAUAUAUUCAAGAUAGGGAUACAAACAAGUUGGUGCGUUUCAUCUGGAUGCUCAUCACUUUACUUAUGUUCAUCUGUGCUAUUGCGAUGGUGAUCACCUUUUACUUGGACUACCGCAGCAAUCCGACGCGCAUGAAUAUUGAAACAGAUAAUGCUCCAGUCGAGAGCCUAACUUUCCCAGCCGUAACCAUCUGUCCAGAGGCGCUCCAUAAUGUGCAACGUAUUAAAGUAUACCUAGAGACGCUCCAACUCCCUCCCGGCUUCAAUAUUACCCAGAUCAUCGUGGCUUUGAGCAUCUCCUACGGCUUCAUAAAUGACGAUAAUAGCCCUAGCAAAGGCGAUAUUGAUUUAUUAGAAAAACUUAUGCAGAUGAAUAAUAUAAGCAUGCUGGCAUUCAUGGAAAACGUGCAUUGGAAAUGUGACCAAUUUUUAAUUCGAUGUCGUUUUCAAAUGCGGACUGUAGAAUGUGAAAAAUUAUUCCAUGCUUCUCGUACAUUCUUUGGCUACUGCUGCUCCUUCAACCUCAACCAAUACGGCAUGAACUACACUGGUGCAAAGGCCCGUGCUGGCGUAUUUGAAGGUCUCUCUCUGGUACUUUACUACAAUGACUCAAACUUUGAUGAGAUACGUGUGAACUCGAAUGGCUUCAAAGUGCUACUCUCUGACAACGGUGCCUUUCCUAGCGCCCAUUCUAUAAUAAAAUUUGCAUCGCCCAAACAAGAAACCUUUUUGAGCAUACGUCCAGUAGAGACUUAUUGUUCGCGAAACGUUAAAAAGUUAUCGGUGGAGGAACGUCAAUGUGUGCUGCCACAUGAAUUUCCUCUCAAAUAUUUUCGAAAAUAUAUGGACACUAAUUGCGAGCUUGAGUUUCGAGUGCGAAAUAUGCUUAAAAUGUGUGGUUGUUUGACGUAUUUCUUCUAUACAAAUCGUACAAACGAUCGCAUCUGCUCGUUCAAGGAUAUACCCUGUUUAGUGGAUAAUUUCGCAAGCAUUAUAGGACGUUUUAAAGCUAACCAAUCAGUUUGUCCGAAUAGCUGUGAGUUAAUUGACUUUAAUGCGGAACUGUCGAGUUCAGAAUUUAAUAUCGAUAUACCAACCGUGGAUGAUUUUUAUUCAGGUAUCCAAGAAAAUUAUACUGUGGUUCAUAUUUUCCUAAACAAUCAAGUCUAUCGACGUGUCAGGCGUGAUCUGCUCUCAAAUAUGGUCGCUCUAGUUUCAAAUUUGGGCAGCGCCUUCAGCCUGUUUGCGGGCAUAAGUAUGGUCUCGAUAGUUGAAAUUAUCUACUACUUAACGGUGAUUUUGAGAAAACACUACAAAGAAGAGGUAAAAGCGCGUCAAAAGCUGCGCACAUAAAUGGGAAAGCAAUUUUUUUGCUCAAGAAA